AUGCCUAAAAAAUAUAUGUCAGAUUAUGACAAUGUUACUACCAGAACUAAAGACAAUAAAGACCAAAUUAUUACUACAUCAAAUGUCUCGAUGCAGGAAGUCCGCGACGUCGUGCGCGAGGAGCUCAAAGUCGUAUUCGACAUAUAUAGAAAAGACAUGUUGGAGCAAAUUGAAAACAAAUUUCAAAAAGUGCUAGAUAAUAUGGCGGCAAUUCAUACUUCUAUUGAAUUCCUGGAACGUAAAUAUGAGGACGUUAAGCAAGAAAUGGAUCUCAAAUUUGAAAGUAUAAAAAAUCUAGAACAAGAAAAUAACCGUCUUCGAACUGACGUGAACGACUUGCAAUCGCGACUAUCACUAAUGGAACAGCAAUCUCGGGCCUGUAACGUUGAGGUGCAGUGCGUACCGGAAUUCAAAAAUGAGAACCUAAUUACUACGUUAAACCAAAUAGCAUCGGUAAUUAAAUGCGAAUUAGACAAAAAAGACGUUAUAACGUGUACUCGAGUCGCGAAAUUAAAUAAAGAUUCACCCCGUCCAAGGUCUACUUUGGUGAAGUAG